GGCCCGCUACUUUCGCUCAUUCGCUCGACAAACGCCGCUCAGCGUUCUCGGCCCCGAGCCCCGGGCGUUCGAGUCCGAGGAGUGGCCCGGGGAAAGGCCACGGCUCAGCAGCUCCGCAGCUGCCGCAAAGCCCGAGAGGCAGCGUGAGGACGGCGUAAUCAUGCGCCCCUCAAGUUGUGCCCUGGGCACGGGUAACACGCUGAGGCGCCGGCGCCCCGUGUCCCCUCCGCAGAGUAGGAAAGCGGGUGGACGCCGAGGUCAGGGCGCAAGCGGUGGCGGAGCCGAGCCUCGAGCCCCGCGGGGCUCCGCGCCCCGCUCCGGCACCUGCAGCCCCUGUGAGCCCAGGCGGGCGCAGCAGUCCGCGUGUGGAGCGCCCCCCUCUGCCGAGGCCGCCGGGGUCGGGGUCUCUGCCCCUCCCCGGGGAGGUGGGCCAGUGACGUCACUACCCCUUUAAGACCCCCGCCUCCGCCCUAUCUGCGCACUCGGCCUAGGAAUCUCGCUGGCUCCUGUUGCAGUGCAGCUGCUUCGCCUCGCCAUGGCCUCCGUCGGUCUGCAGAUCCUGGGGAUCGUCCUGACACUGCUGGGCUGGGUGAAUGCCCUGGUGUCCUGCGCCCUGCCCAUGUGGAAGGUGACCGCCUUCAUCGGCAACAGCAUCGUGGUGGCCCAGGUGGUGUGGGAGGGGCUGUGGAUGUCCUGUGUGGUGCAGAGCACCGGCCAGAUGCAGUGCAAGGUGUACGACUCGCUGCUGGCGCUGCCCCAGGACCUGCAGGCCGCCCGCGCCCUCUGCGUCGUCGCCCUCCUGCUGGCCCUGCUGGGUUUGCUGGUCUACCUCGCUGGGGCCAAGUGCACCACGUGUGUGGAGGACAAGGACUCCAAGGCCCGCCUGGUGCUCACCUCCGGGAUCACCUUUAUCAUUUCGGGGAUCCUGACCCUGAUCCCCGUCUGCUGGACGGCCCACACCAUCAUCCAGGACUUCUACAACCCGCUGGUGGCCGAGGCGCAGAAGAGAGAGCUGGGGGCCUCGCUCUACCUGGGCUGGGCAGCCUCGGGCCUUUUGUUGCUGGGUGGGGGGCUGCUGUGCUGCACCUGCCCCUCUGGGGGGUCCCGGGGCUCCAGCCAUUACAUGGCCCGCUACUCAGCGUCUGGCCCGAAUGCUGCCUCCCGAGGGCCCUCUGAGUACCCCACGAAGAAUUACGUCUGACGGGCAGGGGAGUGAGGGCCCUGAGCCCGAGUAGUCCGCCCACGCUGUCGGACAGCUCUAGAGUCCCGCCUUUUUGUUUUCACGGUUCACUCUUUUCUUUGCAGGGGGGAGGGGGGUGUCUUUAACAUCUGCCUGGUAACCAGCCCCCAGGAGCAUGGCUCAGGCUCCCAUCAGGGCCUUUCUCGCUUCUGGAUCCUUCUGUACCCUGGACAGCCACACCUUGGAAGCCAACCUGGAGCUGUGGGACCAGUGUGAAAGCCGCUGCUGUUCUGGCUUUGUGACAAGGUGGCCUGGCCCAGAAAUUCCUGCUGCCGUUGAGGCUGCGCCGCCGUGGACCAGCAGGGACGGCAGCACCCCCAUGCCUCCCCGGGGCUCUGCUGUCACCCCAGAAGAAGAGCAGGGAAUGUUACCAGAGGACUGUCCACCUCUACGUCUGACCCCGGCUCCUCCGUCCCUCACACGUCUCCUCCUGGAGUCAGGACCAGGCAGAGCUCUGGACACACACACCCCGCUCACCUCCAGCCUGCACGUUUCCCCCACACCCCAUCUCUCACACAGUGUGGCUGAAUAAAGGCAGUCUGGUUCGUUCAUA